GCCGGCCGGGCGCUCGCUGCCGGCCGCGCUAUAAGAGGCGGCGCGGGCGGCGGGGCCGCAGCGGGCGCGGCGGGGGAACGAGAUGAGCAGCGCCGGCGCCGCUGCAAGAUGCUGGAUGGACACGUCCUGCUGGGAUGGCUCUCCUCCUGCGCGCUCCUAGGGCUGCUCGCCUGCGCCCCGCGGCCCUCCGCCGCCUACUUCGGGCUGACUGGGAACGAACCCCUGACCAUCCUCCCUCUGACCUCGGAAAUGGAGGAAGCUGCCGUCAAAGCCCACUACAAAGUCUGUGACCGCCUGAAGCUGGAGAAGAAGCAGCGUAGGAUGUGCCGGCGGGACCCCGGCGUGGCCGAGACCCUCAUGGAGGCCAUCAGCAUGAGCGCGCUGGAGUGCCAGUACCAGUUUCGUUUUGAGCGCUGGAAUUGCACCCUGGAGGGCCGCUACCGGGCCAGCCUGCUGAAGAGAGGUUUUAAGGAGACAGCCUUCCUGUAUGCCAUUUCCUCGGCGGGGCUGACUCAUGCCAUGGCCAAGGCGUGCAGCGCAGGGCGCAUGGAGCGCUGCACCUGUGACGAGGCCCCCGACCUGGAGAACCGCGAGGCCUGGCAGUGGGGCGGGUGCGGCGACAACCUGAAAUACAGCAACAAGUUCGUCAAGGAGUUUCUGGGGAGGAAGCCCAACAAGGACCUGCGAGCCAGGGUGGACUUUCACAAUAACCUUGUGGGCAUGAAGGUCAUCAAAGCUGGAGUGGAGACAACCUGUAAAUGCCACGGUGUAUCUGGGUCCUGCACUGUCCGAACAUGCUGGAGGCAGCUCUCUCCAUUCCACGAAAUAGGGAAGCAGCUGAAGCAGAAAUAUGAGACGUCACUCAAAGUGGGCAGCACUACCAACGAGGCCACGGGGGAAGGAGACAUCUCCCCACCCAAGAAGUCCAUCCCUGGUCACAGUGAUCAAAUCCCAAGGACUACGGAUCUCGUCUACAUUGACGAUUCCCCGAGCUUCUGUCUGAUGAGCAGAUACUCUCCUGGGACUUCAGGAAGGAAAUGUUACAAAGACAAGAACUGUGACAGCAUCUGCUGUGGGCGAGGGCACAAUACGCAGAGCCGGGUGGUCACCCGUCCAUGCCAGUGCCAGGUUCGCUGGUGUUGCUAUGUGGAAUGCAAGCAAUGCACCCAGAGAGAAGAGGUUUAUACCUGCAAAGACUAACGCGUCUUCUGUCUAAUGGCUACCCUCAGUGAUGGGCGAUUGCGAUCUAUGAGAACUACAUAUGGAGACAAACAGGGUUUGAUUGACCUUCUGGGAUCUGAAAGCUAUGUUGAGACAUAAGCACUUUGUAGGGUACAGGUGACCCAGCUGUGUUGCUGUUUUUUGUUUUUGUUUUUUUUCCUGUAGACUGAAUUUUAAUGAGGUCCAACCAUGUGGAAGUAAGUGCCUGUCACACUGGGGUUAGACACCAGUUGACCUUCACCUUAAUCAUCCACGCAGUUUAACAGAUCAUUUAUCCAUGGAACAUCUUGAUUGUUUCACCAAUCCUCCAUGGACUCCUGGGCUAAUAUAUUCUCUUCAGAAUAAACAACUGUGUGACCUAUACUGCUUUAUUCCUGAAGCUUACCUGACUGCCUAGAGAGCUGAGCAGAUACGAAAGAAAGACCUUUCUGCUUUGAAUGUGGUGGUAGAGGAAGCGGUAAUUUUUCCUUCUGAAACUGGAGAUACGUGUCUGGGGUAAGCAGAAUCAGCUCUGAUUGUUCCUCUAGUGGAAUUUCUGCACAUCCAGCAAACAAGGCUCUGACAAAGAGACCCACUUGGAGGGUAAGCUUUUUAAUGACAGCUCUGUAUCCACGUGCUCUGAUCACCAAAGUAGCUCCAAAAAUGUUGGGUCCACCAUGUUGCAGAUAGAAAUUUAUCCAAGAAAGAGGUUGGGAAGACAGUACAAAACCAGACGUGCCUGUCCCCUUCAGUCCGAUAGCAUUUUUUUUAACAUUUUCUUCAAAUGCAGUUUCUUUAGCACUAUCACUGUCUUAAUUUUUAUUUUUUAAAGAAACCACUACUUUUGUUUUAUUUUCACUCUGUACAUGUUAUAUGUUUCUCUCUUCUUCCCACCUCUUGCUGAUUUAAUUCACCCUGUGAAGACUGCUUUGGAAAUCUAAACUGGAACUUUUUCAUCUUAUGUCAGCUGAAUUUGGACGUGCAUUUCUGAGUAGGACAAGAGAAAUUCCCACUCAUCUUGGAACAUCAUGCUGUCUUGCAUUGUAUAGCAGCCGUUUUGGACUGGAUUGGACCUUUGGAGGAGUUGACUUUUCUUUUACUGGGUCAUCAUUCCAUUUACUCUAAACCGUGGCAGUGGUACAUGACACAAGCUGUAUGUAAACCCUAUGACCUUAAGAUUUUUUUUAACCACUAGAUCGAGAACUGUAUUUUGAAAAUACAACUGCUAAAUGGUAACCAACUAUUGGAUUCGGAACAGCUAAUCGACACCGAGACAACCUAUUGAGUGGCCAGAGACGCCAGAAAUCAACUGCAGUGGUAGAUCGCUCUGACGCUGUGAAACAGAUGACAACCUUCAGCAUUUCUUCUUCCCUUUGAAGAAGAUACUUACAAUCCAGGACUUGAUAUGGCAAUAUCAUUCAGUCAUAUAAAAGUGCUUCUGGAUUGGAAGCAACCGGUAAAUGCCUCAACGAAGCUUUCUCAGGAAACACUGGAGAGCAGAGGGCAUUUUUUUUCUUUUUUUGGUAGCAAUUUUUGAUUGUCCAGUAGUAGCAAAUUCGAAUAGCUUUAUAAAGCAUUGGUCUGAUUUUUCAAAAGAUGAACGCUGGCUGGAAUUUUUCAAGAAGUGGUAGAUGUUUGCCAAGCAAAAAGAGCAGAGUUUUCCAAGAUGGACCAUUAUUUUUCAAGGUGUUGUUUUUCUUUCCUUUUUUUUUUCUUUCCCCAAAUAGUAGCCACUAAUAUUUAAGCUGUUCAUGUGCAUCUACUGGGAGGAGAAUUUUUUUUUUUUCUUGGUAACAAAUAACUGCAGCCCAGUCUGGCUCCAUUGGCUUCAAAUUUUGAGGUGGGGGACUGGGGAGGGACAGGUGUUACCAUUAAUAGUGCUAUGGUCCUGCAAAGCGAAACAUACUGGCUCUUUUUUUAUUUUUAUUUUUUGUUUUGUUUAUUUGCUGUACAAUUCUGGAGAUUGGGGUAGUGCUGGAGAAGGAGGAAUCCACACACAGUGUUUGUCCCAUCCACCACAGCAAGUGCUCGGUGGAGCAUUCGACGCAGAGAAUUUGCAGGAGGGUCUCGCAGCUUCCGUGGGAUGCACCGUUUUGAAAGUCACACACGAGCAGUUUAUCUAAUGGUUUAAAAAAAUGAACUGAAUAGAAACCUAUUAUUCAGUGUAUGCAUGCGUGUAUAGAUACACACGCAUGCAGACACGUAAAUAUAUAUAUAUAUAAAUAUUGAACGAACAUUUAUUUAUUGUAAAGCCCUUCAGAAGGACCUUCUCAUGGUUUCAAUGUGGUAUUAUGUUAAAUUCUCUUUCUCCCUCUGUCUCUCUCUCUCUCACACAUAUGUGCAAACUCACUGUUACAUUUUUGUGUGUGUGUUAGAAUAGCUCUUGCCCCUCCAAAGUAAGGCUGGAUCCAAACCUGCUCAAAACACGAAGGUUUUGGGGUCUGAAUUACUAGUUCUGGACCCAUUCUUUUUUAAAAUAUUUGUUCUUAAUGAAAGAAUGGGCCACAAUUUAUGUGCAUUAUUAUUAUUAUUAAUUAUUAUUAUUAUUCUUAUUGUUAUAUUUAAACCAUGGGCCUCAUUUUCCUUCUUUUCACUGGUGUCUCUGUCUCCGUUGACCUCGCUGGAGUAACUCCAUAUUGCACUGGUGUGAGAGGAGAAUGAGUCCCUAGAUGCAGAAGAGAGGGCAGGAUUGGCAUUGAUAUCAUUAUAGUGAAAAUGCCUGUGACAGACGGGAUAGGAUAGAUAGCUUGUGUUUGGCCGUAGAGGGGAGAGAGAGAUGGGUGGGCAAAUAAGGCAGACUGUCAAAAGUCUGAAUAGAAGUAAGAGGCAAAGAGUGAAUGAACUACUGAGUGAAAGAGCUCUUCUGUGUAUUAUAAUUCACGCACUGAAGCCUGGAUGCUUUCUGUAAGUAUUUAAAAAAAAACCACACAAAAACAAAUUGUAUUUAUGUUAAUGUGGAUAUAUUACUUGCCUGUUAUAUAUUUGUAAAUAGCAAGGUUUAUUCUCCUGUGGUUAAAAAAAAAUUAUAAAUAACUAAAUAGUAGCGAGGCACAUGUGUUAAAUGCAUAGGCAAUGUAUAAAAUAUACUAACACUCUGAAAUCAGGAGAACUUGUCUUCUUGGCCUUUUGACCUAGGGUGGUAAAACAUAUGUGGGUUAUUUUUCUUCUCCCCAUCCCUAAGCUUUCUGUGUGUGUUUUGGGGGAGGUUGUGUUAAGUUCCAGGGUUUUCUGAUGCUUGCCUUAUCUUUGGAGAAAGAAUGGGGGAAAAGCUUCGUUGUGGAAAAAUCCAAUGGAGCUUGAGUAGGACGAAACAAGUAGCAGCUGGUAGAAAUAUUGUUAGACCCUCUCAAAACUCUCUCAAAUGCUUGAGUUGGGUUUUCUGCUGGGGAGGGUUGUGUAUUGGAGUUGAAUUAAACCACAGGACCAAGCAGGGAUUUCUGCUUGUGAUCCUCCAUAUGCAAGUUUAGAAAACUAGGUAAGGAGCCUUGAAGUCCUCUAUAAAACAUUGAGUAAUGUCCUGUAAAACCCUUUUGGCUCCAGCUGUAUGAAAUUGGAUUUUUCCAGAGAGGCCAGUUGUACUGUCACAUCGUAUGAUCUCCAGUGCAAUCCAAUAGAAUUGCUUAUUCUUGUAAAACUACUACAAGAGUGGAUUUCGGCCCUGAAUUUUUCAUGGUGUCACUUCAUAAUGAAAGUGCAAAGCAACUUUUCCUCUUUUUCUUCUCUUCUACAGAAACAGCUUUUUGCAGCAGAUAUAACUGGAGAAGGAUGGAUGGGUAUAGGGGAGGUCUCUGGUUUCUGAUCCCCUUUCACGCCCUUUUCCCCCCCAAAAGUGUCAAAGCGUGGGUUCUCCUAAGCUGAUCCAGCAAGACUUGCAAGAUCAGUAUUGGGGUGGGGGGGUGCAACCAUUAUUUAUAUAACUUUUUUAUUAAUUUUUUAAAAAGAGAAGUUAGCUGAUGGAAGAAUAUUUUUAUUGAAUAGUGCAUUUAGUUAUGUCAGAAAUAUAAAAAAUAUAUAUAAUAUUUUUGUAAACAAGGCAAACUGAAAAUGUUUGCUGUUUUAUAUUAGAAUUUUCUAUUAAAAGAAAUAAAAACCCACACAAAUAAUUGUUGCACCCGUCAUCUGUUUUUUAACAAGCUUCUAUUCUGUGUGACUGACUCAUAUAUACCGGAUGUGGAGAUGUGCAAAACAAGUCCUAAACAUUACGUUCUCAUUGUCUUCCAGCUCUCAAAAGACUUCAGUUGGUGAAACAAGCAGUGUUUAGUCCACAGGACUUUUUCUGAUUGCUGACGCUAAAAAUUUCUUACGAAGAGUGACAGAAUCCGUAGCUUGCAAUUGAAAUACAAAAACCUACCCGGAAACCUCAAGCUUGCUGGUUUUAAUUUUGCUUCCUGGUCUUGGGAUGGCUCUGGAGGGAGGAAAGCCCCAGAUGAUUUUCAAUAACUAGAUUUUUGCCUUCGAUCUCCAUUCGGGUGGGAAGGGAACAGCCUUGUGAAGGCUGUUGGAAGCAAACAAACAAAGAACAAAUCUGAAUGCAUGGGAGGUUUAAAUGAAGAGGACCAAAUUCCAGGCUUGAUCUAGCACAAGCUGUUCUUAUCGACUUGACUGGCGUAGUGUAAAGUUGUGACACUGGAACUUGGUCCGCUGGAGUUCAGGAAGCCUCUUCUUCCCCUUUGGAAGCACAGGAUAAAUUGUGAGCCAUCUCUUUUCAGGAGAGCUUUUGCAGUUGCUGAUUUGGAGACCUGGAUAGGGAUGAAAAAUUGCUGAGGAUCUUUCAUGGUCAGCCAGCCUUUAUUCAUCUGCCUUCCUUUGGUCGAGCCCUUGAAUUUCUUUGUUAGUCAUUAUUUCAGCUGCCCUGUUUAAGCCAACAUACGAGGAGAGAUUGAGUUGGUUUGGUUGCAGUAGGUCUGGAUGAGAGUCCAGAUGAAGGGACAAAUUCCUCGUGGUUGCUUUUAUGGAAUAGAUGCUGCUUAAGGUAAUUUUCUGUUGAAUUAUAGUGCCUAUGAAAAAAAAAAAAACCAACCCUCAGUUGAUGUUGCAGUAAGGUUAGGGCUAUUCUGUACUCUCUAAAAAGGUGCAGCAAAGCUGUAUUCCCUGCUUUUUUGGCGCUAUGUGCACAUCUGUUGGGAUGAGUCUGGCUUCCAUGGUCAGCUCACCCUGGCUUGCACUAUUCAGGAUGCGUAACUAACUAGGUGGUGACUUUUUGGAAGCAACGUUUUCCCACAAGAUGAGGCCUUUUAUUACCAUUGCAGUCCAUGUAACUUGAAGGAGGCUCAGUAUGGCACAGAAUCAGACCUGUAGAGAUCUGGUCUAUGCUUAAGCACUCAAGCUUAAGUCCAUGGAUAUGAGCAUUGAAGGGCUGUUUAAAUCCAGUUGCUGGUGAUGAGGGUUGGAUUUGACCAAGCUAUUUACAGGUUCCAGGAAACAGAGUAUCUCUGAACAAAAAUGAGAAAUCUCUAGUAUUUGUGAGAGGUGAGGAAAAGAAAAUGGAUUUUGCUAGCACAUUUUAACUCUGGUAGGUUUUUAACGCUGUGGUAGGUGACCUAUAACUACAUUUCUUCAGGGACAGAAGUGGGAGAGUGUAAGUGAAGACCAUAAAUGAUUUGGAUACGUGAAAAUUCAACAUGCUGUCAGGGGACACAUCCGAACAUGACGCUUUUCUCAGUUGUUGCUGUAUGUUCUCAGAAAAGGGCAAAACCCUUCUAAGCAGGUUUUGGCAAGGUGACCCAAAGGAACAGGAGAUUCCCCUUCCUCACCUCGUCUUUCCUUUCAUUGCAGAGUUGCUCGGGAAAGUCAGGCUGUGCAGGGCAAAGGUAGUGGCUUGCUUGGUGCAGUGGGACAUUUGCAAUGGGCCAGGAGACAUCCCCCUUAGCUAAGGAGCCCCAGUUAAACCUCACUUGCCCCAUCUCCAUUGGCAAUCAAUGUUGGCACCUCUAGAAUGGCAUUAAGACAUAGACCUCCCAGCUGAGAGAGGUGGGGAUGAAUUCAGGACUAAGCAAGGUUAUACGUGGGCAUCUGGCAACCCUGCCAGAUAUCCUUUGAUAUGAACCCAUCUGAAACAGGGGUCGCCAACUUAGCAUGGGAAUUUUCCCUUUUUCCACCCCACCCCAAUCUCUUAACAGUGCCCUUUGAGGCCUGAAUGUGAAGUCUAGGAUUUGUUUUGCACACUUGGGAUGGCAUUUCCUUUUAAAGGGAGGUGGGGACUGAAAACUAACAUGAAGGAUUAGUAUUUUUCUUUUUGUUUUUUGUUUUUUUUUCCAAUGUCUUAUGGGAGCCUAAGUUAUUUUUCUCUACCUCAUAUGUACAGCUUGUAGGUAUAAAUCUGAUUCUGAGUGACUGUUGAGAAUGUAUUUAAGUUAUUUAACAUCUUUGUAUAACAAGAAAGCCAGAACAAAUGAAACAAUAAAUGUAUUUUAAAUUAUA